CCCUGAUCCUCACACAAGACGGAUGCUACUGACAAUCAUCUGCACCCAUAGAAGAUAUGACUGAACGAUGAAGGACAUCUGACAGCAGAAAUAAGGCUCUGAUCUGCAUGUCCUGUGAUGAGGAAAGAUGGAGACGUCCAACUUCACUAUUUCUCCAAACUAUAGCCAUGCUAACAAGACCGACUCUUCCCCAGGCAGUCCAUUCACACUUGUUGAGCUCGUUCUCAUCAUUCUCGGCCUGAGCACUUUAAGCCUGAUCACCAUCAUCGGCAACGUGCUGGUCAUGCUCUCCAUCAAGGUCAACAGGAACCUCCAGACGGUCAACAACUACUUCCUGUUCAGUCUAGCAUGUGCUGACUUGUUCAUCGGCGUUUUCUCCAUGAACCUGUACACUGUAUACAUUGUGACUGGCCACUGGCCUUUAGGAGCUUUGGUGUGUGACCUCUGGUUGGCUCUGGACUACGUGGUGAGCAACGCCUCCGUUAUGAAUCUCCUAAUCAUCAGCUUUGACCGAUAUUUCUGCGUCACCAAACCUCUCAGCUACCCGGUCAAAAGGACCCACAAGAUGGCAGGCAUGAUGAUCGCCGCCGCUUGGAUCCUGUCGUUCAUUCUCUGGGCUCCGGCUAUCCUGUUCUGGCAGUUCAUCACGGGCAGCCGGACGGUUCCUGAGGGCGAGUGCUACAUCCAGUUUUUCUCCAAUGCCGUGGUGACCUUCGGCACAGCCAUCGCUGCCUUCUACCUGCCGGUCGUCACCAUGACCGUACUGUACUGGCAGAUCUCCAAAGCCAGCCGCAGCCGUGUCCAAAGCAGAGACAACCGGAGAGUAUCUAGAGUCAGUAAUGAUGGAGGCCAGGCUGGACCCACAACUAGGAGCAAUACGGAGAGGAAGUCGAUCCAAGCAGGACAGGAAAUGGUCCUACGCAAGCAGAGUGCUUCAGAUGCCACUACAGGAGAAGAGCGUGAGAGUGAGAACGACUCUAUAUCUGGAAGUGUGCUCGCUUCUUCCAAUCAGAGGGAUGAGGAGGCUGUAUCCAUAAGCACUAACAGUGACAUCAGAAGCCGUCAGAACCAAUCAGCUCCGCUGGCCACAGGAAGUUGGGUCAAAUUUACUUGCUUCAGAACAACAUCCCAAAAGGACCUGCAAAACACCUAUAAACCCAACAACGGAGGUCAGGACAUGACCAACGGGAAGGAAAGGCUGAGUCUGGUGUCACAGAAGAUUCUCAUGCCACGUUAUCAGAAGAGGAGGAGCUUAUCAUCGCGAGAGAAGAAGGUCACAAGGACCAUUAUGGCCAUUCUGGUGGCGUUUGCAGCCACAUGGACGCCCUACAAUGUCAUGGUGCUCAUCAACACGUUUUGCUCGGCCUGUAUUCCAAACACGAUGUGGACCUUUGGCUACUGGCUCUGCUACAUUAACAGUACGGUGAACCCAGCCUGCUAUGCCCUGUGCAAUGUCACCUUCAAGAACACCUUCAAACAGCUGCUGACAUGCAAAUACAGGAAUAUUCAUGCCACCAGAAAUCAUUAAGACUGUGGGGCAAAGCUCU